ACGGUCCCACAGCGCUCCCAAGAUGCGGCUGAUCGCGGUUGCCUUUCUGGCGGUCCUGGUGUCGUCGGCCACCCUGCGGCUGCCCCUACCGCCGCCGCGCCAGCUGUCACACAAUGUCGGAAAGCACGCCAAAACCGUCAUCGACUCCAUCAAACUGAUCCAGUCGCAGAUCAGCAAUGUCCGUCUCCGGCAGCAGAGCCACGCCCAGCAAGAGCUCAAAAACCUCAUCAGACAAGCUGAAUGGCGGGUGGACCAGUUGCUGGUGAGUCAUGGCAAGACCGACGCCGUGUCGACGGUCCACCAGGCGGCCCAGGCGCUGCACGCGCUGGCCGACGGCGCCACGGACGUCGAGUCCGGCCUGCAGUCGGCGCUCACUGAGAUCCUGAUGGUGAUGCACCAGCUGGGCGCCGUCAGCAGCCACCAGCAGCUCGGCGAGACCACGCCCAAGUCUGUGAUCGACGUGCUGCUGGAGGAGAUCCAGGCUCUCGUCGACACCUACCUGCCCAUCAUCGGACCGGUGCUCGGUCUUACCGACGAACAGAUCCAGGGCGUCGUCCAGAACGUCGACAAGUUUGUCGCCGACACCGAGGCUCUCGAGCACGGACAGGUGGACGUCACCGACGGACUCGAGGCCAUGAUCACCGAUAUCCUCGAGAUCCUCAAGGCCCUCGGCAUCGACUGGACCGCGCCCACCGACGAGACUCCGACCGAGUUUGACGCCCUGCUGAAGGAGCUCGAGGCUGCCCUGGACGCUCUGCUCGACACCCUCGGACCGCUGCUGGGCCUGACCGAUGAGCAGAUUCAGCAGAUCGAGGCUGACAUCGACACGCUCGUCCUCGACAUCGAGGCCAUCGAGCACGGAGAGAUUGACGUCGACGGCGGCCUGGAGAAGGUGCUCGCUGAUCUUAUUCAGAUUCUUCACGACUUCGGUGUCCAGUCCGAGAAGAAGGUCGAGGUUGAGGCCACAACCCCUAAAUCUACUCUGGACGUGCUGCUGGAGGAGUUCCAAGCGCUCAUCGACCUGUGGCUGCCCCUCCUCGGACCUCUCUUCGGCCUCACUGAGCUGGAAGCCAUCAAGAUCACCAGGCAGGUGGACAAGUUUGUCGCCGACACCGAGGCUCUCGAGCACGGACAGGUGGACGUCACCGACGGACUGGCCGCCAUGAUCACCGACAUCCUCGAGAUCCUCAGGAUCCUGGGAAUCGACUGGACUGCCCCCACGGACGAGACCCCGACCGAGUUCGACGCGCUGCUGGCGGAGCUGGAGGCCGCCCUCAACGCCUUCCUGGACACCCUCGGACCGCUGCUGGGCCUGACCGAUGAGCAGGUUCAAAUCAUCGAGGCCGACAUCGACCAGCUCAUCAAGGACCUCGAGGCCGUGGAGCACGGAGAGAUUGACCUCGACGGAGGCCUUGAGGCCAUCAUCAUGGACCUCAUCAAGAUCCUCCACGACUUCGGAGUCCACUCAACGAGGAGCCUCGAAGUGGAGGCCACCACCCCCAAAUCUACUCCGGACGUGCUGCUGGAGGAGUUCCAAGCGCUUAUCGACCUGUGGCUGCCCCUCAUCGGACCUCUCUUCGGCCUCACUGAGCUGGAAGCCAUCAAGAUCACCAGGCAGGUCGACAAGUUUGUCGCCGACACCGAGGCUCUCGAGCACGGACAAGUGGACGUCACCGACGGACUGGCCGCAAUGAUCACCGACAUCCUCGAGAUACUCAGGAUUCUGGGAAUCGACUGGACUGCGCCCACGGACGAGACCCCGACCGAGUUCGACGCGCUGCUGGCGGAGCUGGAGGCCGCCCUCAACGCCUUCCUGGACAUUCUCGGACCGCUCCUGGGACUCACCGCCGAACAAAUCAAGACCAUCGAGGGAGAUAUCGACGCCCUCAUCAAGGACUUCGAAUCCAUUGAGCACGGAGAGAUCGACGUCGACAGCGGCCUGGAGCUGAUCCUUCAGGACCUCAUCAAGAUCCUGCACGACUUCGGCGUCUACUCGCCGAACAAACUCGACGUGGAGGCCACCACCCCCAAAUCUACCCUGGACGUGCUGCUGGAGGAGUUCCAAGCGCUUAUCGACCUGUGGCUGCCCCUCAUCGGACCUCUCUUCGGCCUCACUGAGCUGGAAGCCAUCAAGAUCACCAGGCAGGUCGACAAGUUUGUCGCCGACACCGAGGCUCUCGAGCACGGACAGGUGGACGUCACCGAUGGACUGGCCGCCAUGAUCAACGACAUCCUCGAGAUCCUCAGGAUCCUGGGAAUCGACUGGACUGCGCCCACCGACGAGACCCCGACGCCGUUCGACGGCCUGCUGGCUGAUCUGGAGGCAGCCCUGGACGCCCUGCUCGACACCCUCGGACCGCUGCUGGGCCUGACCGAUGAGCAGGUUCAAAUCAUCGAGGCCGACAUCGACCAGCUCAUCAAGGACCUCGAGGCCGUGGAGCACGGAGAGAUUGACGUCGACGGAGGCCUGGAGGCCAUCAUCAUGGACCUCAUCAAGAUCCUCCACGACUUCGGAGUCCACUCAACGAGGAGCCCCCAAGUGGAGGCCACCACCCCCAAAUCUACUCUGGACGUGCUGCUGGAGGAGUUCCAAGCGCUCAUCGACCUGUGGCUGCCCCUCCUCGGACCUCUCUUCGGCCUCACUGAGCUGGAAGCCAUCAAGAUCACCAGGCAGGUCGACAAGUUUGUCGCCGACACCGAGGCUCUGGAGCACGGACAGGUGGACGUCACCGACGGACUGGCCGCCAUGAUCACCGACAUCCUCGAGAUCCUCAGGAUUCUGGGAAUCGACUGGACUGCGCCCACCGACGAGACCCCGACGCCAUUCGACGGCCUCCUGGCUGAUCUGGAGGCAGCCCUGGACGCCCUGCUCGACACCCUCGGACCGCUGCUGGGCCUGACCGAUGAACAGGUUCAAAUCAUCGAGGCCGACAUCGACCAGCUCAUCAAAGACCUCGAGGCCGUGGAGCACGGAGAGAUUGACCUCGACGGAGGCCUGGAGGCCAUCAUCAUGGACCUCAUCAAGAUCCUCCACGACUUCGGAGUCCACUCAACGAGGAGCCUCGAUGUGGAGGCCACCACGCCCAAGUCUGUGAUCGACGUGCUGCUGGAGGAGAUCCAGGCUCUCGUCGACACCUACCUGCCCAUCAUCGGACCGGUGCUCGGUCUCACCGACGAACAGAUCCAGGGCGUCGUCCAGAACGUCGACAAGUUUGUCGCCGACACCGAGGCUCUCGAGCACGGACAGGUGGACGUCACCGACGGACUCGAGGCCAUGAUUACCGACAUUAUCGAGAUCCUCAAGGCCCUCGGCAUCGACUGGACCGCGCCCACCGACGAGACUCCGACCGAGUUUGACGCCCUGCUGAAGGAGCUCGAGGCUGCCCUGGACGCUCUGCUCGACACCCUCGGACCGCUGCUGGGCCUGACCGAUGAGCAGAUUCAGCAGAUCGAGGCUGACAUCGACACGCUCAUCCUCGACAUCGAGGCCAUCGAGCACGGAGAGAUUGACGUCGACGGCGGCUUAGAGAAGGUGCUCGCCGACAUCGUCAAGAUCCUUCACGACUUCGGCGUCCAGUCCGAGAGGAAAUCCGAGGUUGAAGUCACCACGCCCAAGUCUGUGAUCGACGUGCUGCUGGAGGAGAUCCAGGCUCUCGUCGACACCUACCUGCCCAUCAUCGGACCGGUGCUCGGUCUUACCGACGAACAGAUCCAGGGCGUCGUCCAGAACGUCGACAAGUUUGUCGCCGACACCGAGGCUCUCGAGCACGGACAGGUGGACGUCACCGACGGACUCGAGGCCAUGAUCACCGACAUCAUCGAGAUCCUCAAGGCCCUCGGCAUCGACUGGACCGCGCCCACCGACGAGACUCCGACCGAGUUUGACGCCCUGCUGAAGGAGCUCGAGGCUGCCCUGGACGCUCUGCUCGACACCCUCGGACCGCUGCUGGGCCUGACCGAUGAGCAGAUUCAGCAGAUCGAGGCUGACAUCGACACGCUCAUCCUCGACAUCGAGGCCAUCGAGCACGGAGAGAUUGACGUCGACGGCGGCCUGGAGAAGGUGCUCGCCGACAUCGUCAAGAUCCUUCACGACUUCGGCGUCCAGUCCGAGAGGAAAUCCGAAGUUGAAGUCACCACGCCGAAGUCUGUGAUCGACGUGCUGCUGGAGGAGAUCCAGGCUCUCGUCGACACCUACCUGCCCAUCAUCGGACCGGUGCUCGGUCUCACCGACGAACAGAUCCAGGGCGUCGUCCAGAACGUCGACAAGUUUGUCGCCGACACCGAGGCUCUCGAGCACGGACAGGUGGACGUCACCGACGGACUCGAGGCUAUGAUCACCGACAUCAUCGAGAUCCUCAAGGCCCUCGGCAUCGACUGGACCGCGCCCACCGACGAGACUCCGACCGAGUUUGACGCCCUGCUGAAGGAGCUCGAGGCUGCCCUGGACGCUCUGCUCGACACCCUCGGACCGCUGCUGGGCCUGACCGAUGAGCAGAUUCAGCAGAUCGAGGCUGACAUCGACACGCUCAUCCUCGACAUCGAGGCCAUCGAGCACGGAGAGAUUGACGUCGACGGCGGCCUGGAGAAGGUGCUCGCCGACAUCGUCAAGAUCCUUCACGACUUCGGCGUCCAGUCCGAGAGGAAAUCCGAGGUUGAAGUCACCACGCCCAAAUCUGUGAUCGACGUGCUGCUGGAGGAGAUCCAGGCUCUCGUCGACACCUACCUGCCCAUCAUCGGACCGGUGCUCGGUCUUACCGACGAACAGAUCCAGGGCGUCGUCCAGAACGUCGACAAGUUUGUCGCCGACACCGAGGCUCUCGAGCACGGACAGGUGGACGUCACCGACGGACUCGAGGCCAUGAUCACCGACAUCAUUGAGAUCCUCAAGGCCCUCGGCAUCGACUGGACCGCGCCCACCGACGAGACUCCGACCGAGUUUGACGCCCUGCUGAAGGAGCUCGAGGCUGCCCUGGACGCUCUGCUCGACACCCUCGGACCGCUGCUGGGCCUGACCGAUGAGCAGAUUCAGCAGAUCGAGGCUGACAUCGACACGCUCAUCCUCGACAUCGAGGCCAUCGAGCACGGAGAGAUUGACGUCGAUGGCGGCCUGGAGAAGGUGCUCGCCGACAUCGUCAAGAUCCUUCACGACUUCGGCGUCCAGUCCGAGAGGAAAUCCGAGGUUGAAGUCACCACGCCCAAGUCUGUGAUCGACGUGCUGCUGGAGGAGAUCCAGGCUCUCGUCGACACCUACCUGCCCAUCAUCGGACCGGUGCUCGGUCUCACCGACGAACAGAUCCAGGGCGUCGUCCAGAACGUCGACAAGUUUGUCGCCGACACCGAGGCUCUCGAGCACGGACAGGUGGACGUCACCGACGGACUCGAGGCCAUGAUCACCGACAUCAUCGAGAUCCUCAAAGCCCUCGGCAUCGAUUGGACCGCGCCCACCGACGAGACUCCGACCGAGUUUGACGCCCUGCUAAAGGAGCUCGAGGCUGCCCUGGACGCUCUGCUCGACACCCUCGGACCGCUGCUGGGCCUGACCGAUGAGCAGAUUCAGCAGAUCGAGGCUGACAUCGACACGCUCAUCCUCGACAUCGAGGCCAUCGAGCACGGAGAGACUGACGUCGACGGCGGCCUGGAGAAGGUGCUCGCCGACAUCGUCAAGAUCCUUCACGACUUCGGCGUCCAGUCCGAGAGGAAAUCCGAGGUGGAGGCCACAACGAUUCCAACGAUCAUCGACAUGCUUCUGGACGAGCUGCAGCACAUCGUGGACACUUACCUGCCCAUCAUUGCCAUCGCGACGGAUCUCACUUGGGCCCAGUCGCAGGCCAUCAUCGAGAACUUCGACAAGUUCGUCGCUGACGUUAAGGGCAUGGAGCACGGCACCAUCGAGAUCGCCACUGGUGUCAUCGAUAUCUGCAUUGACAUUCUGCGCGUUCUGGAGGCGUUCGGCGUCGACGUCACCCUCCCCUCCACGGACGUGCCGACCACCCUCGACGAGGUGCUGUUCUGGCUCGAGAACGGACUGAACGCCGUGCUCGACAUCGUGGGGCCCUUCAUCGGUCUCGACUACGACGCGACGAAGCAGGUCGAGGCCGACAUCCAUACUCUUAUCAACGACAUCCGCGAUCUGGGCGACGGUCGCAUCGAUGUCGACCGCGGUCUGGAGAACAUCCUCACCGAUCUGCUGGUCAUUCUCGGCGACUUCGGAGUGCCCACCAGCCAGCGCAAGGGCGGACUCACCACGGACACGCCGUCAACGCUGGACCAGCUGCUGGAGGAGCUGCAGGCUAUCGUGGACCAGUACCUGCCCGUGCUCGGGCCGCUGUUCGGACUCACUGACGAACAGAUCGCCGGCGUGGUCACCAACUUCGACAAGUUCGUGGCCGACGUGGAGGCGCUGGAGCACGGCACCGUGGACGUGUCCACCGGCGUGGAGGACAUCGUCAUCGACCUCAUCGAGAUCCUCAAGGCCCUCGGCAUCGACGAUACUCUCCCCACCGACGACACGCCGACCGACCUGGACGGUCUGCUGGCGCAGCUGGAGAGCAUGCUGAACACUCUGCUGAACACCCUGGGACCCAUCCUUGGCCUGACCGACGCCCAGGUCCAGCAGGCCGAGGCCGACAUCGACACACUCAUCAAGGACAUCGAGGCCAUCGAGCACGGACACAUCGACAUUGACAGCGGCCUCGAGAAAAUCAUCGUGGAUAUCUUCAACAUCCUCAAGGACUUCGGUCUGCCCGUGCUCAGCCCUGAAGCCGACUCGGCGGAGUCGCUGGACGACCUGCUGCGGCGGCUGGAGGAGGUUUUUGACGCGCUGGUUGUCGCCCUGGGACCGGAGGCCGGGAUGACGCCGGCGCAGAUUCUCCAGGCCCAGCUGGACAUGCACGAGCUGAUAGCGACCAUCGAAGGGAUCGAGCACCGCGACAUUGAGGCGCAGACGGGCGCAGAGCGCAUCGUCCGAGACGUCAUGAAGCUGCUCGGCGACUUCGGCAUCGAUCCGCAGUUUCCCACGUCUGAGACGCCGACGGCGCUGGACGCGGCGCUGGAGGCCCUGCUCGCCACCCUGGACGGCGCGCUGGAGGUGUACGGACCGCAAUACGGCCUUGACCCGUACACGGUGGCGCGCCUGGAGGACGACCUGGCCACCAUACAGCAGCACAUCGAGGACAUCGAGCACGGCCGCGUGUCAGUCACCGACGGCCUGGUGGCCAUCGUGGACGACGUGUUCAACCUGCUCCGCGACAUCGGCGUGCCGGUCCUGCCCGCCGAAUCGGCUAUGGGUCUGGGCGAGAAGGCGGCGUACCUGAGGCGGCAGCUAGAGACGGUGCUGGGGGUGUCUCACAGCCGCCGGCCGGCGCUGCCAGAGCCAUCCUACGGCCAGAUCCGCAAACUCGAGUCGGACCUGCUGGCGCUCGGCGAAAGCCGCGGCGACACGACUCUUUUCCAGGUCGUCUACGACCUGAACAUGGUGGCCAGGCAGUUCAUUAACCUGCUCUGAGCUCUAGUCUGCAGUGACGGAGUUUUUCUGUGUGUGGCCUUGUGAUAUAAAUUGGGCUGUCUCUUGGUUUGGGGACUUAUCAUGUUUGUUAUAUGAAGGGCGAAAACUCCAAAGGGUAGCAUUAUGAAAGCAAUCGUGUGACAUUUAUUAUGUAAGCAGCGAAUCACGUAACAAUGAGCAAUGUGGCUCCGAUCAAGGUGAAUGACGAAUGCCGUUGGGUCGCCGCUGCCGAGGUCUGUCUUCGUGUCUAAGCGGGAUCGGUGCGCGGCCGCCCGCUCUGUUGACUGGUGCCUCGUGCAGGACGGAACCCUCCGACGGAUGUCGCGGCGGCGCUUCACCUCACGCAGCGGUCGGCAGAGACCCAAACGCCCGCCUAGGUGGCGCCCGGAAACCGCAGCUUCUCGUAGCAAGAGUCGGUGACGGGCAAAUGCAUCCAGAUUUCGUUGGGAUUGUUCAUGACGGCCAGCGGCACCUGUCGGGGCACGAAUGGCCUCACCUAUCUGUCCCCUCGGAACAUGCGCUCGGCAGGACGGCUCUUACAGGCUCAAUGCGAACCCCGCGACCCGCACCGUCCAAAGGUUUGGAGGCAAGAUGGUGCGGAAGCCGGAUGAUGGAAGAAGUCAACUCAGGAGAGUAUCAAUGCAUCAGCAUGGUCAAAAAUCACGUUAGGUGAUGUGAGUGCGAUUGCUCUUGUGCCUUGUAACUACACCAAAGAUGCUAAAAUUUUAUGUAGCGUACGCUCUUCUAAAUGUGGUUUUCGCGUGUGAUCGGUUAUCCAAAUGCAUUGUAUUAUUCAAUAAAGAUUUGGGGUUA